UUUUUUUUUUAGAUUUUGGAAGGUUAUAUUUUUAAGAGCUGGCAACCGUGCCCGGAAACUGUCAAAGCUUCGGCUCAACUUCUCAUACGUGUCGUUUUCGUGUGUCGCUCUCGACGUGUUCAUUUUGUUUUUCUGUGGCGAAAAAGCAAAACUUACAACAGUCCAACAAAAAUGGCCCCACCACAAAGGAUGCGUGUCGCCAAUGAAAAGGCUAGCAAAUACGUAACCAUGCGAGGCAACGUUCCAAAGUCGUCGAAAUCCAAAGAUAAUCAAUACCCCGUUGGACCGUGGCUUUUAGCGUUGUUUAUAUUCGUAGUGUGCGGUUCUGCAAUUUUCCAAAUUAUCCAGUCAAUUCGGGCAGCGUAAAAUCACCAUGCAGCUAAAUUAGUUAUUUAAUCUUAAAUGCAUUGAAUAAUCUUCCAACAGCCGAUCAUAAAAUUACCACAACCGAACAUACAUAGUUAACUGAUUUCAAGCAAAUCUUUCAAUUCAAAUGUUUGUCGAAUAUUUUAUAUAUCUAAUUUGUAUGCAUUUUAAAGCGAUGUUAUAGUUUUGUAUUAUUGAUAUCAACAUAAACUGGAAUUUGCAUCACUUGUACAGCAGAGACAUUUUUUUUUCGAAAGCAUUCCUUAUGGUGAUUUUUGUGAUUGGUUUUUUUUUUUUAUUCGGGCACCCUUGUAUUCACUGAAUUGUGUAUAAUCUGCUCGA